GAUACUUACCGCUGUUUAACAGUACUUUGCUUCAAGUGUUUCUACAGCUGUAAGUAACUGUUUAUCUGAAUACGGACCUGCGGCUGGUAAUUUAUUUUCCUUUGGAUCCUGAAGCAGAAUGGAUCCAAGGGAUCUUCACUGGAAACAUUCGCUGUUAGAGCAACUCCGACAGCGGGACAAAAAGGAGAAGGCACCAUUCGAGUCUUUGAUUGCUUCACAUUGGAAACAUUUUGAAAGUGCACAAACUUUGAAGACAAAGAAUGUACAACUAACAGUAGAGACAGAAAAACUAAAGGAAGAAAAUCUUGGACUGCAGAUCAAAGCUGAACAAGGUGGAGGGGGAGGGGGAGGAAACAGCCAGGCCCUGGAACAGAAACUCUUUAAGCUUCAGGAGGAACUCACAGAACUUCACAGGAGGAGAGGAGAGAACACACAGCAGAUAAUUGACCUAAAUAAUGCCCUUCAAGAUAAAGAAAAGGAGCUUCAAGGAAGGGAUGCCAGACUAAAUGAUCUACUUGCAAAUGAACUGGCAUUGAAGAUGGAAAUCAAAAAUUUAGAAAGUACAAUAAUGGAAUUAGAGGCCACAAAUCAGAUGCUUAAGGAUGAGCAUCAGGCCUUACAGCUGACGUACACAGGUCUAGAGGAGAAAUUCCGUAAACUGGAGCUGGACAAUCAACAACUGCUGGAAAGGUGGAUCAGACAACAGGCCAAAAUGGCUGACCAGCUCAACGCUGAGAAUGACCAGUUCAUGUUAGUUAGACAACAGAAGUUAAGAAAAGAUUUAGAAGAAGCAGCAAGGGAAAAUAUUCAAAUUUUACCCGGAAAAGACGCUGGUGUUUUUGUACCCACAGCAAUUCCUAUAUGUCUGAGUGCUUCAUUACCUACUAAAGCUCAACAUAAAUUUGACGCACAUGAAAGUGACGUGAAUGCUGUGCGAUGGAGCCCCUCUGGAGCCAUGUUUGCCACCGGAGGGUCAGAUAGAAAAAUUAAACUUUGGGAGGUCAUAAAUGGUAAAUGUGAAGCUAAAGGUAUCCUGACUGGAAGCAAUGCUGGCGUCAUGGCCUUGGAUUUUGAUCCAGAGGAGAGCACUAUUCUUGGGGCUUCAAAUGAUUUUGCCAGCAGGGUAUGGUCACUCACUGACCACAGGGUCCGGCACACUCUAACAGGCCACAGUGGAAAAGUCCUUGCAGCUAAAUUCCUUGGUGACAGCAAUAAGGUUGUCUCUGGGAGCCAUGACAGAACUCUCAAAAUCUGGGAUUUACACAGCAGGUCUU